AGGUACAAGGUCAUAGUAACGUAGACAUUAUCGUUUAUAAACGAUUAUGAAUGUAGAUUUGGCAACAGUAUACAUUUUUCUCCAGCCAUAAUCAUGUCUAGGUUUGUUCAAAUCGUAUUAACAGCUUUGGUCGCCGCCCAGGUGCUCGGUGCCCCAGGUGCAGACGAAAAUGUAUGGCUUACUAAAGCACUGGCCACCCAAAAAUCAAUGAACAAGUCGUUUGAAAACGUUUUCACGAGCGGAGUUGAAGAUGCGAAAAUCAAAACUAUUGCUAAUAAGGGUUUUGCCGACUUCACUAAAUUCAUCAAGGACGGGAUAGCUCCGACAUUGAAGAAGGUGGACACGAAUCCUAUUUACGAGAAGGUAAAGGCCAGAUUGAACUAUUGGCUUGGCGAGUUGGACAGCUUGAACAACGGAAACGGCACCGAUUUGUCGAAGCAAACGGGUCGCACGGCUGUGGGCAAAUUCGAAAUAGCCAUCGACAAGAUGGUGAAAAGAGCGCCUGACUUUAAAAAGAAAGUCCAAGCGGCCCGUCCGGAAGUCCGACCGAUGUUAGACGACAUUGGCAACUUCUUCAUGGAGAUAAUCAACAAAAUUGAUGAGAUUGCAAAAUCAGUAGGGAAACAAGUCCAAGACGCUGGGAAAAAAACAGCACCGACUAAAGCCAAAGGAAGAAAUUAGUGAUUUUACAAAAGUAGUAAACUGUCUCAUGUUUUUACCAGUUAGCUGUAUAAUAUCAUAUUAUAGUCACUGCGAGUAUUGGCCGCUUUGAUAAUUUGCAUUAAUUAUUAUAUACAUUAACCAACUAUUAUUUUAUACACAUAAAAUCCUUAUUAUAUUGUUUAAACGUGAAAUACUUGAUAAAUAAAUAUAUUUGUUCGCAA